AUGCACUGUCUUCAUUAAAAAUUCAAAUCCUCACUUGUUUUCAGUAUAUUUAAAGGUAACAAUUUAAUCAACCAACUUUUAAUUGUACGUUAACCGUCUUCCCAGCAUGUUGAACUACGAGUUCAAACGGUCAUCUUGUCGGCGCAUCCUACGGGAAUACUGCACGGAGAACUUUAUCUACGCUGUGCGAUUGCUCGCCGAUCGACAGCUGCUUAAAUUUGAGAAAUUGUGGUGGUUUCUAUGGAUCGUAGCUGCUUUCACAGCUUCCUGCUACGCCGUGAAGCAGCUGUACCACAAGUGGGACGAGAAUCCCGUGGUCAACGUUUACGCGCCUCGACUGGAGUCCAUUUCUUCGGUUCCGUUCCCGGCGGUGACGAUAUGUCCGUUGUCCAAGACCCGACAGGAUGUGUUCAACGUGACCGAGGCUUACGAGUUGGUGCGCAACGGGACUUCGCUGGGCAGCGAGAGCGAUGGGAUGCUACGUGCGCUAGCUCACGUGUGUUCAUUUUCGCAUCAUUGGAAGAAGUUUGACCAUCGCGAUGACGAGACCGUGCUUCAAACGUUACGGAAGCUGGCUUUUCGUACGGAAACUCUGAUUCAGUGGUGCAUGUGGCGGUACAAGAGUGUGAAUUGUAGUGAGAUGAUCUCGAAGACGCUGACGGAGGACGGCAUUUGCUACACCUUUAAUGCGCUUCCUGCUGAUCAGUUGUAUCGAUCGGGGGUUAUCUCACCUGAAUUUCUUAGUUUUAAAACAACGAGCGUUGCCAACUGGACACAGGAUAGUGGAUACAGUUGGGACGCUGGACCGAACGUGUACCCACAUCGUCCAAUCGGAAGUGGCAUCAAAUCGGGACUGUAUCUGUUGCUGUCAAUGAGGAAGAUUGAUCAGGAGUUGUGGUGUAGAGGUCCUCAUACCGGGUAUAAGAUCAUGGUCCAUCCUCCGGAUGAAGUUGCCGUGAGUUCAGAAUUGUACUUUCGACUUAGUAUCGAAGAUGCUGUUGGUGUCACUGUAACCCCAAAUGUUAUGUACACAUCUCAAUCGUUGAGACAUAUUUCUCCACUGAGACGCAGAUGCUUCUUCGACAACGAGCGUUACCUGCGCUUCUUCAAAGUGUACAACCAACUCAACUGCGCCAUUGAGUGUAUGACAAAUAUGACACUGAGAAAGUGUGGUUGCGUCAAGUUCUCGAUGCCCCGAACUGCUGACACGCCGGUGUGUGACGCCAGCAAGAUCGGAUGCUUUCGAAACAUCCUGAAGGAGGUAUUCGAUUCGCAGCUUAGGAUGGAAAAAACUCGAUCGAUCACUUCUUGUGGAUGCUUUCCGGCCUGUAAUAGCGUUCAGUAUCAGGUGCAAAGUACGCGCUUUCCGUUCUACGUCGAAAAGUAUCGGCAAGCCGCAGGAACGGUGUUUGAGAAAUACAACGACUACGAUCUUUCGGUGAUGUCAGUAUCCUUCAAGGAUAAUCACUAUCUACCGAUUUGGAGACGGGAAUUGUACGGGACUACGGAUGUAAUUGCGAAAUUCGGAGGACUGUUUGCCCUUCUAUUGGGGGCCAGCGCCAUGAGCUUGAGCGAAAUCAUCUACUACAGCUGCAUACGGCCGCUGAGGCGGGAGCGGAUACCUCGGUUAGCCGUCAACUGGAUGUUUGUUCUACCGUGGGUGUGCCGCGAGCGGAAUCCAUUCCGGGUUCCGAGAAACUACUAGGGAACUAGGACGACCUUUGCU